ACAAUAAGCAUGAAUAAAAAAAUCAAUGAACUUUAACUAGCAAGUGUAGAAAAACAGUGGCAAAAUGGAACCUUCAAAGGAAGCAAUAGCUGUGCGUAUAGCACGAUUAAAUCGACAAAUACUAGGCAAAGCUACAAGUGGUGUAAGUAGAAGCAAGAAAACAGUGGACCGAGAAGCAUUGUUGGACGCACUUACAGUAUUAUACGAUGAAUGUAACGAUGAUCCUAUCAAGAAAACUGAUGAAUUGGUUAGGGCUUUUGUGGAUAAAUACCGCAGCACUUUGGCAGAACUGCGAAGGACUAGAGUUUGUAUUUCUGACUUUGAAGUAGUUCAAACCAUUGGACGUGGAUAUUUUGGGGAAGUAAAUAUGGUGAGAGAAAAACAAAGUGGUGAUGUAUAUGCCCUAAAAACAUUACGCAAGGAACAAUCACGGAAACGUGCCAUUGCUUGCACUGAAGAUGAGAGGGAUGUGUUGGCAUCAACGACUAGUCCUUGGAUCCCACGUUUGCAGUAUGCUUUUCAGGAUAGCAACAAUUUAUACUUAGUAAUGGAGCUGUGUUCCGGUGGAGAUCUUGCCGGGCUGAUGUCUCGUCGAAACCAUCCAUUAUCAGAACGAGAUGCAGCAUUCUACAUUGCCGAAGUUGCACAUGCUCUGAAAGCACUGCAUGGGAUGGGUUACAUACAUAGAGAUGUGAAGCCCCACAACAUAUUUAUUGAUAGAUGUGGUCACGUGAAGCUGGGCGACUUCGGUUCGUGCCUGCGCCUGUCGGGCGGCGGCGGCGCGUCGGCCGCGGUGGCGGCGGGCACGGCGGACUACGUGGCGCCGGAGCUGCUGGCGGCGGCGGACUGCGCGGCUCGACACACUGUGUGUCUGCAAUACUGUCGCGGGAUACACGACCAGCCCAUUACGGCGUGCGAUUACUGGUCACUGGGUGUAGUUGCAUUCGAAUUGGUGACUCUGAGAAGACCGUUCUCUUCGGACGACGAAGAUUCCGUGAUGGACGUUCUCAAUAACAUACAAAAGUACGAACGUGAAGAUGGUGCUCCUCCCUUCGCCCCCCUCCCCAGCGGCCCGUCCGCCGAGUGGCGCGCGCUCGUGGGCGGCCUGCUGCGAGUGUCGGUGUCGCGCCGCUACAACUACCUCGACACUCUGCAGCACCCCGCUCUAGCGCACCUGCCCGUGCACAAUGUCCGCGAUCAGGUACCUCCGUGGGUGCCCUGUAUCCGCGGCGCAGAGGAUGCGUCGUUCUUUCAUCCACCAGAACGAAGGGCCCCCUCACCGUCGGCCACGCCUUUUCGAUCGCGUCCACCGUUCGCUGGACAAUUACCCUUUGUUGGUUAUUCGUACGUAGCUACUGACGUAAAUGAUGACAGCACCGGCGGCUUCAACGCAUCACAUGACUGCACCGCUAUAGAUUUAGCAACGUUUAAAUCAGCGGAAAAAUUAGCGAUAAUGCGCGGUAAAGAGAUAGCGUCGCUGCAGACUAAGCUGGCGGCUGCGGAGGCGGGCGCGCUGGCGGCGGCGGAGCGCGCGCGCCGGGAGCUGGAGGCCGACGCCGAGCGGCUGCGGCUCCGGCUGCAGGCCGACAUCACGGCGCUCAGUCUGCAGAACCGACGACUUGAGCGACAAGUGGAAGUGGAAAAGGAAGAACGCAUGGUCCUCCAGCGGACGAACCAAGAGCUGAGCUCUGGUAUCGCAGAGCGCACCGGCGCCGAGCUGCGGGGAGCCAAAACCGAAAUUGCCAGCUUAGUUUCUGAAAGGGAUGAGUUGAAGCAAAACGUGCGAGAAUUAGAAACGAGGGUGGUGGAACUCCAGGGUGAAUGUGCUAGAGCGCUGGCCAGUGCUGAGACACAGAGGCUACAACACCAACAUUACAAGGAUUCAGUAGCGAAGGAGCGUGCGAUCCGCCGACAAACUCUAAGCGGGGGAGAGGCGGAGAGUCGUGAGGCGGCCGCCCGUCUCGCCGCUGCCGAAGCCGCCACGGCUCGGGAACAACGCGCUAAAGAACUACUAGAAAAACAUUUGUCUAGCAUUCAAGAAGAGAACAGAUGUCUUCAGGCCGAACUUGAUGAGACCAGGAAAGAAUUGGCUGCUGUAAAGGCAACUCUCGGUGAAAAACAACGUAUGAAAGAAGCUACAUCCGAUGAACUAAAGGACGUUCAACAACAGUUGGCUCAAGAAAGGCUGCGGGUGUCCACCCUCGUAGCACAAGUUCAGGAGCUGGAACGUGGCAUCGAAGAAGCUGUGAAACGUGAAACAGCUUUAGAAGAACAAAGCGCUCGCACAGAGUCGCGACUCAACGAGAGACUCGCUGAAGCCAACGCUCGAGCCACUAACACUUUGCAGGAAGAUGCUAGGCACCGUGAGAAGGUGAACACUCUAGAGCAACUAGUUCGUCAACUAGAACGUGAGGUGACAGCCCUGGAGAGCCGCACGUGCAUGCGGUGCUCGGCUCGCGACGACGCGCGGCGGGACGCGGACGAGGAGGCGGCGCGGCGGGCGGACGGCGCCGACGCACACAGCGACACGGAGAGCCUCGCCGACGCCGCGCAUGCGCAACUCGCCUUGCUCAAGGAACAGCUCGAGAGGGCCGAGAAACAAUUGCAGACAAAAGCUGAAGAAAUAGCAACACUCCGUCAAGAAGCCAGAGCAGCGAAUUUGGCAAGAUGGCGCAAGGAACGUGAGUUCAAUGAACUAUCGGUAGAUGCAAAAUCCACCGCUCGGGACUUGAAGCGUGUUGAAGAGCGCCUGUCCAAUGCUAUAGAGGCCCGGAAGACUGCCGAAAGGAAGUGUGCUGACUUGCAAACCGAAAUAGCAUCCGUUAAACCGAAAUAUGAACAAGCGAGUAAGGACUUGGAUAGAUUGAAACAGCAGCUUGAAAAACUACAGAAAACCCAUGAGAUCGCGCAAGUUGAAGUUGACAGGUCGCGUAACGACAUCCGCAAGCUGAAGAGCGAGCUACAGUACAGCGAGAAGCGGCGCCUGCACGCCGAGGAGCAGGAGGAGCUGUCCAGCCGGGAGCGGGCGCAGCUGCGGGACGAGCUGCACGAGCUGCGACACAGGAACACCGAACUGUUUGAGAAUAAUAAGGCCUUACAGGAGGCCUGCAGUGUGUUAGAAGAACAACUGACAGACUUGGAAAAACUCACCGAUAUACAUGAACUAAAAAACAAAGAUCUGGAGAAUGAGCUACAACGCGCACGUUCGGAAUUAGACUCGUGUCGAACACGACUAUGUGAGGUUGAAAAGCAGGCGGCGGAGCGCGGGGCGGCGGCCACGCUCGCCGGCACACUGCACGAGGAGGCGCAGGAACAAGCCAAGCAUGCCCGGGAUCAACUGCAGAUGCUGCGGGAACGUCUGGACAACCGCGAGGAGCAGGUGGUGGCGCUAGAGGGGCGCGUGGCGGAGCUGGAGAGCGCGCGGCUCGGCGCCGACAGCACGCUGCAGGGCGCCGCGCGCCGCCUGCGCGACCUGCACGAGGAGUGCGCCGCGCUGCGCACCCGCGCGCACCAGCACCACGCGCACGCGCUGCAGCUGCAGGCCGCGCUGGCCGACGCGCAGGAGGAGUUAGCGGCGGCUCGGGAAGCUGCUGAAGCCGCAACGGCCUGGUGGCGCACCAGGGAAACCAAAGCUGACGCUACGCUGCGACAACAAGCCAAACUAAUCGACUUCCUACAGGCCAAAGUGGAGGAAGCUAAUCGCAAAAAGUGUUCGCUGAGCAAUAAAUUGUUCGGUCGAUCCGGGCGGAGGUCAGCCGCUUCACCACCACUGCGACGUGCCAAUAGAGAACUACGCGAAGAAGUAGAAAGACUACGAGCCAAACUCGCCUCUAGUGCCAGCGACGUCAAUUGUCCUCCUACACCGAAAACAAGCAAUUCAAAAACUAAAUCCUCAGUUAACGGAUUGAAGAAAUACAUAGACACCCCAGAUGGAGUUGAAGAUAAUUCCGUGGAGAUAGUAUGGUCGGACGGCGGACGCGACACGAUGGCGGCGCGGUGGUCGGACGGCGCGUUGAGACUCGCGGGCGGCGGGCGCGAGCUGCGAGCCACGCUACUGUCUCCCGACGCUAAGAACUUACCGCAGACCGAAAUUAAUAGGGCGUUUACGGUUAAGCUUGAGAAUUCGGUCAGAGGGAGCGAGGCCACGGUCGUGUGCUCCACUAUAACUGACAGAACGGAAUGGAUUUCUAAAUUACAAGCGAUUCCUGCUCCGACGCCUGGGUACAUGCCGACCGUCCUAGCGCGACUGGAAACGAAGCCAUUCUCUGCACUGUACUUCGCGCCAGAUGUCGUCGCCAUCGGUUGCUCGGAGGGCCUGCGCUCGUUGCGCGGCUGCGUGCAGGUGGCGGGCGCGGGGCGCGUGGCGGCGCUGCAGCUGUGCGGCGGGCGCGCGGUGCUGCUGCGGCGCGGCGCGGUGCUGCACGCCGCCCGCCCCGCGCUGCUCUCCGCCCUGCGCCGCGCCGCCAGCCUGCGCCCCGCACUGCCCGUCACCGAGCUCACCUUGCCAGACGCUGGAACUCCGCACAUUAUUAAGUGCCUCGCGAAGGACGUGACGUCGGGUCCCUGCGCGGCCGUCGCCUGCGGGAAGCGAGUGUUUCUGCUGCGCUUCGACGGCCCGUCUUCCGAGUUCAAGGUGUGUCGCUCGCUCUCGGUGGACCGCGCGCCGCUCUCGCUCCUGCUCACCGAUGACACCCUUUACAUUGCCGCCGAGAGACCCCUAAAAGUGAACUUACCAUCCGGCCCCCUCGAACCGUUCGCAGCGGAGGAUUCAAGCAUCGCUGCCGCAGCUAAAAACGGCUCUCCCCCUAGAGCCAUACUGUUAAUCCGACAGAACCCCGUUGAGAUUCUGCUCUGUUACGCUGAAUGUGGUGUCUUCGUCGAUGACAACGGUCGACGUACUCGCAACGAAGAUCCCAAAUGGAGUCUGGCAGUCCACGAGUGGGAAUUCGUCACUCCGUUCUUAUACGUCGUAGGAGAGGAGAAAGUGACUAUUAUUUACAUAAAUGAUGAAGCCUAUAAAGCUCCGCCUUGCACAUGUGACACUGACUCGUUGACGUCGAGCGCGUCUGAAUGCUACUCGCCCCAAAUUUUUAACUUAAAACUUCUGGAGCCGACCUUGUUGGGCACGACCCAGAGUGGAAUAAUUCUAAGAACGAGAGACGAGGACGGCUACAAAGUCUCCCUACUGGAUGGCAUGGCCGCGUUUAGGAGUAUCGGUGCGUCGGUUGAAUCAUUAGAUACUGUAUCAGCUAAAGGUUCGUCUACAGAUUUGGCUCAAUCAAUGUCUGACUUAUCUCCGCAAGAUGUCUCUCAAGAAAGUGUCGAAGCUCACACGGGGUUCUUGGCCGAUAUAAGAAUGAGAGCACGGCAGCUUCGCGAGAAACAACGUAAAGAUAAAUCGCCCGACGAUGUCAUUAAACAAAUAUUGACCACAGAAGUUGGCCUCAAACGGCUAUCAAAGGGACGCAAAUCUCCGGUUUCGACCUCUGAAUUUGAUUCAGACUCGACUGAAAGUGAAGAAAAGACGACCGAGUCCUCAAAACACACGGCGGAUAUUUGUGCGGAAAUGUUUACUAGACAAGUUCGUUUUCAGUAAAACGAACAACAUUACAAUAAUAUAAGAAUAUUUUGUUGUCAAGUUUCAUUUUACUGUUCGACUAAGUUAAAUGUAAUUUUAUAUUGCAUAUUAAUGUACCUUAAUCUAGAUGUUGUAGCGAAAGAAUAUAGCCAAAAAUUACUUAAAACCAAAACUGGUAAAAUAUUUGUCCUAACUCAUAAACUACGACGACAAAUGUCUUUCUUGAUGGUACUUGUAUUAAUUUUAUUCCAUUAUUUAACAUUAGCGUAGAAAUUUGAAAACUAAUUAUAAAUGACUUAUGCUGUUUUGGCUUUCAUAAAAUCUCUGUACCUGAUUUUAAUGCUAAGGUUACUUAAAAUAUAAUGUCUCAGUUCGAGAAAUCUUCUACUUCCAAUUUGUAAUUGUAAUUAUUUAAUUAAUUUUAGAUGGCAGUGUUAUCAUCUGAUUGCGCAACAAAAACUUUUUAUUAUUUAUUUUUAAUUUUAAGAAAUGGUUUAGUUUGUAUGCACGACAUUUUAAUGAUUUUCUUAAGUAUGCAGAAAAUUUUGGUACUUUCUAUUUUGCUUGAAUUUACGUUGUAAUUGUAGAAUUUUGUCGGUUUUUUACUUAAUACGUCUGUGAUUUCGUAUAUAUUAGCUUUUAUCUUUAUUGUGUUUUACUGUAAACAUUAUAUGUUAUUAAA